AUGGUCGACGACACGAAGCCUCCAUGGCAUUAUGACCUUGAAGACGGCGAUGCCAUACCCGUGGGAGACCGCUUGAUUCGCGUGACGGACAUUUGCUUCACUCAGAAGGAUGUCAAUGACAGUUUCUCCGAUUCGAGACGCCCGAUCAUGGAGUUGAUAUCCGAUCUGCUGGAGGGGCGCAAGCACCCACGUGAGGUGCCCCGAAUUCGGGUGGCCUUUGCAGGCGGCUCCUUUGGAAAGUUCUUCUAUUCAGCUGACAACAGGCGCCUCUUUGCUUUCAAGCACUGCAACAUUGACUGGGCUCCUGUCAGGGUACUUCGCUGGGAGAAGCAGCACGAGUUUGAGAUGAAAGCCAAGAACGGAGAAGCUGUUCGAGCAGAGGGCGGUGGUCAUCUUGCCGGGAUGGUGCAACGAUUAGCUGACCAGCCCCUUCCGCGAAGCCCUGUGAUGCUCGAAGCAAGAACUAAAAUUAGUCUUUAUAUGGACGAUGAGACCCAGAGGCUGCAUGAUGAGCUGCGACAAGCAGCAAAACGACGAUUCUUGAAGGAGAGCCAGAAUCGAGAAUACCUCGCCGACUGCAUUGGGAAGCAAUGGAUGUUCGUUGUACAAAUCCAGGACCAGAUGAUGCCAGCAACUUUGGUGAAGGCAACGCCAGACGGUACUUUCGAAGCUUGCAUCUGGAAUGGUGAGGACACGGUCUUCCACCCAUGCCUGCUGCCAAGUAGCAUAUGGCUCAACAGUGAGGUGCCCGUCCCACGGCAGCUGUCUGUGCAAGAUCUGGCAUGCUCAAGCUUCAUCGUUCCAAGCGACUUGAAUGCCAAGUUGCCCAACCCAUGGUGCGCAAUUUGCAGCAAGCGUGUCGGGUCAUCUUCGAAGGAUGUGAAGAGGCACGAGAGGGGCCACCCGGGCGCUUUCAGGUGCUUGGACUGUCCAAAGCAGUGCGACUGCAGCGAAGACUUGCGACGCCAUUCCCGGAAGAUGUCCCACCGAAUCCCAAUAAUGUUCUCUCCGAAAGACACGUACUUCUGCCGAAUUGGUGCCGAAGCUGACAGCUCUGAUGACUCGCAAGAACCAGGUCCGACAUCUGCAUCAAGCCAUGGUGAGCCGCUGCCUGGCACUUUCGUUGUGCCGAAGCAAAGCCGUUCUG